GCACGCACUGUGAUAACCGGAAGCAUCUAUAGAUGCGAUUGAGAAACGGCGAAAGAAAUCAUCACCUGUCGAUAUCGUUCAUAUGUAUCUCUUCUGCGCUCUCUUUAAUCUCCAUAUCCCACUACCAUAACACCCAUACCAUUACGUUAAUUCGCUGUCGAGUCGGUCUGGACGGAUAAAGCAGAGUUUGCAGUGUAAUUCUGUGCGCAAACGGGGGGUUUUGAAGGUGCGUUGAAGCCUCGCACCAGAACAAAUGUAAACAAGCAGCUGAUCAACUGUGCGGCCGAAGACCCGCAGCGAAACGGCGUGAUGACAGCGACCUGCAGGGUUUGACUAACAUAUUCUGCAUCACAUAAAGCGAAUUUAGAGGUUUAAUUGCAUGCUGUAGAGUUUUUAGACGUUAGGAUAGUACACGAGGACAACUCCCGACCCAUCGCCUUCACCUCCAUUACGGGCAACAGCAGAUACAGAACAAACGGCUGCUUUAUUUUUUGUACUGUUUGUAAGGGCGAUAAAUUGAUUGAUUUAUGUUUAUUUCUGCUUGAAGACUGGACAACCUCACGACGAAAAGCAACAGGAUUCGGGAAAUAACAAAGGAAAAUUGAGGUUAACAAUCCCUUCUGGGCCCCAAGGAAUAAAUAAAUAUUAGCAACGUAUUAAUAUUUACAUGACGCUGGAAGUUUAGGGAACUCAUCAUCACAUUUCCUGGGGAGCUACGCUGUAAGGCUGAACGAUCUGGACUGUCAUGGCACACCAGCAGAUGCCGAGCUCUCAGAAGGCUCUGAUGCUGGAGCUGAAAUCCCUGCAGGAGGAGCCAGUGGAAGGUUUCCGCAUCACUCUGGUGGAGGAGUCGGACCUCUACAACUGGGAGGUGGCCAUCUUUGGCCCUCCAAACACACUUUAUGAAGGGGGCUACUUCAAGGCCCAUAUAAAAUUUCCUAUUGACUACCCUUACUCUCCUCCGACUUUCCGAUUCCUCACCAAGAUGUGGCAUCCAAACAUCUAUGAGAAUGGCGAUGUUUGUAUUUCCAUCCUCCAUCCUCCUGUGGAUGACCCUCAGAGCGGAGAGCUGCCCUCGGAGCGAUGGAACCCCACACAGAAUGUCAGAACAAUCCUGUUGAGCGUGAUCUCACUGCUGAAUGAACCCAACACCUUUUCUCCUGCAAAUGUGGAUGCUUCGGUCAUGUUUCGCAAGUGGAGGGACAGCAAAGGCAAGGACAAGGAAUAUGCAGAGAUUAUAAGGAAGCAGGUGAUGUCCACUAAGGCAGAUGCAGAGCGGGAUGGAGUAAAAGUACCAACUACGCUAGCCGAGUACUGCAUCCAGACCAAAGUGCCUUCCCACGACAGUAGCUCCGACCUGCUCUACGACGAUCUUUAUGACGACGAUAUAGAGGAGGAUGAGGAUGAGGAUGACGAGGCAGAGGCCGUUGGGAUUGGCAGCGAAAUGGCCGGGGACUGUUUUGGCGAUGAAGACGACUCUGGCAAUGAGGAGUCUUGACCUCCUUCCACCAUUUCCGUGACACUGACCUUUUCCCUCACACUAUUCUUUACCCCUACAGCCUCAUGUUUCAGAUUCUCUUUUCCUAUGCUUAAAGCUUUCAUUUUCACUCUGAAAACCCUUCAGAUCUCUGUCCUUAUAGCACCUGCCACCUCCCUAAAGUGCACCAUGGGUUCAUAAAACCAGUCAUUUGUGGUUACAUUUCA